AUGGCUUCAUCACCGCAUGGACCGGUGACACUAUCCCGUCCGACGACCUGGAAUUUCGAUAUUGAUCGGUAUCUGAAUCCGUUUGUGCCAGCUCCACGAUGGCAUCUCGUACCAAAACCUGUCGCCUAUAUGCUGGGAUAUCGUGAUAGACCACCAAAGCCAAUAGGCAACAUCGUGAUUGCCUUCUGGUCGUUGGUUGGAGCGUUUUGCGGGGUGGCUCUGGUGGCAUCAGUUUCAAAACGGGUGCCUUCGUUCCAAGCGCAUGAUGCGCCAGUGAUUAUUGGUAGUUUUGGUGCGGCGGCAGUUAUUGAAUUUGGUGUGAUCGAAUCCCCCUUUGCACAACCACGCAAUGCGAUCCUGAGUCAGGUCAUCGCCUGUUUCUUUGGUGUCGGGAUAUCAAAGUUGUUCGCCUUGGAUCCUCGUGCUGAGGCGUAUACUGAGCUUGGAGGCGCUCUUGCCUGCGCUCUUACCACUGCUGUUAUGCUUCUCACCAAUACUACACACCCGCCGGCGGGUGCAACUGCUGUUCUGGCUGUGACACACGCCCAGACCGUCGCUUUGGGCUGGUUCCUGUUCCCUGUUAUGUUGCUGGGGGUGACGCUGAUGCAGGUUGUGGCCGUAGUUCUCAACAAUGUGCAGCGUCGGUAUCCAUUGUACUGGUGGACUUCACAUCCUCUAUCUCAGUCUCGAGCGGAUGCUGAAAAGGCUGACCAUAAGCAAACACCUAGUGUUGCUAGUCAUUAUGAGGAUAGUUUGACUGAUAUUCCUCGGCGGUUGGUAAUAGAACGCGGUGAUAUUUCAGUGCCGGAUGGGGUAUUACUUUCUACCGAGGAAAAAGAAGUGUUGGAUAGAAUUAGUGAAAGACUUUGA